GUAAUGGCAUGAGUACUGCUUUAUACUGUUUAGACAAGCUUUACCGUGCGCGCGUUGGAAACUAAUAUUCGACUAUUUCUGCUUUUGCGUCAGUCACAAAUUCAGCCUGCAGGCACCGCGAGGCGAGGCGGAGAGCAGUCGAACAAACUGUAAACUUAGUCAAAAGCGACUAAAGUCUCCAAACUCCCAGGCUGAAGAGGCUUCAAACGCGAACGCUUCAACCUUUCUGGCUGUUUCAAGGAAGGAUACGCCGCUGGACAUGUGAAUUUAAAGGAGAUAAUUGCCAAGCACAACAAUGAAACCAACGACCGCCCCGUGUUGCUUCGGCUUUCUCCUGACUUGCCUCCUGUUUGGGUCGAGCUCCUCACAAUCAGUAUGUGCUGGUACAGAGAACAAGCUGAGCACGCUGUCAGACCUGGAGCAGCAGUACCGGACCCUGAGGAAAUACUAUGAGAACUGUGAAGUCGUAAUGGGAAACCUUGAGAUCACCAGCAUCGACCGCAGUCGGGACCUCACCUUCCUCCGAUCUAUCCGGGAGGUGACAGGCUAUGUGUUGGUGGCCCUGAACCAGUUUGACUACCUGCCUUUGGAGAACUUGAGGAUCAUCAGAGGAACCAAGCUGUACGAGGAUCGCUACUCCCUCGCAAUCUUCCUCAACUACAGACGUGAUGGAAACUUCGGCCUCCGCCAGCUGGGUCUGAAAAACCUCACAGAGAUCCUGAGUGGGGGUGUUUAUGUCGACCAGAACAAGUUUCUGUGUCAUGCAGACACAAUCCACUGGCAAGACAUUGUCAAAAACCCACGGAUCCAUCCCGUGGUGGUGCCUACCAACAGCAGCGUUACAUGUCAAAAGUGCCAUCGUUCCUGUAAUGGUCGUUGCUGGGGACCCAAGGAGGACCAGUGUCAAAGCUUAACGAAGACAGUGUGUGCCGAGCAGUGUGACGGCCGUUGCUUUGGUCCCUAUGUUAGUGACUGUUGCCAUCGUGAGUGUGCAGGUGGCUGCUAUGGACCAAAGGACACAGACUGCUUUGCCUGCACCAACUUCAAUGACAGUGGGGCAUGUGUGACCCAGUGCCCCCAGCCAUUUGUCUACAACCCCACCACCUUCCAACUGGAACACAAUCCCAGGGCAAAGUACACCUAUGGAGCCUUCUGUGUCAAGAAGUGUCCACAUAACUUUGUGGUGGACCAUAGCUCCUGUGUAAGAGCAUGUCCCAGUAACAAGAUGGAGGUGGAGGAGAACCGGAUUAAGAUGUGCAUUCCUUGCACUGACAUCUGCCCAAAAGCAUGUGAUGGCAUUGGUACAGCCAGCCUACAGGCUGCUCAGACAGUGGAUUCCAGCAACAUUGACAAGUUUGUCAACUGCACCAAAAUUAAUGGCAACCUGGUGUUCCUUAUUACUGGUAUCAAAGGGGAUGUCUAUCACAAUAUUGAAGCUUUGGACCCAGAAAAACUCAGCGUAUUCCGCACAGUUCGGGAAAUCACAGGGUUUCUGAACAUCCAGUCUUGGCCUGACAACAUGACAGACUUGAGUGUUUUCUCCAACCUGGCAACUAUUGGGGGAAGAGCGCUGUACAGCGGGAUCUCUCUGCUGGUGUUAAAGCAACAGGGCAUCUCAUCACUGCAGCUUCAGUCUCUAAGAGAGAUCAGUGCUGGGAAUGUCCACAUUGCAGAGAACAGCCAGCUCUGCUACUACAGCACCGUCAACUGGACAAGACUGUUCCGCGCUGCAAACCAGAAGGUUCUGGUCCGCAACAACCGAAGCCCGCAGGAGUGCUCCAGGGAGCACAUGGUGUGUGACCCGCUGUGUUCAGACGCAGGAUGUUGGGGUCCUGGCCCAGACCAGUGCCUCUCCUGCAGAUACUUCAGCCGUGGACGAACCUGCGUGGAUACCUGCAACCUUUAUGAAGGGGAUAUUCGAGAGUAUGCCAACGGGUCAGUGUGCGUGGAGUGUGAUGCCCAGUGUGAGCGAGCUGACGAUGACUCUUUGACCUGCCACGGUCCGGGCCCAGAACAUUGUAUGAAAUGCGUUCAUUUCAAGGACGGUCCAAACUGUGUGGAAAAGUGUCCCGAUGGCCUUCAAGGUGCCAACAGCUUCAUCUUCAAGUAUGCCGAAGCCAACAAUGAAUGCCAUCCCUGCCAUAUCAACUGCACCCAGGGGUGCAUUGGACCAAGACUGCAAGACUGUAUCGGCUGGAUGGACAGAACCCCUCUGAUCGCAGCGGGGGUGAUCGGCGGACUCUUCAUGGUGGUGAUCAUAGUGCUGAGUGUAGCAGUGUCUGUGCGCCGGAAGAACAUAAAGAAGAAGAGAGCCCUUCGUCGCUUCCUGGAGACGGAGCUUGUGGAACCUUUAACACCCAGUGGAACAGCCCCGAACCAAGCCCAGCUUCGCAUCCUGAAAGAGACAGAACUCAAACGGGUCAAGAUCCUCGGCUCGGGGGCCUUUGGUACUGUAUACAAGGGUAUAUGGGUCCCAGAGGGUGAAACAGUGAAGAUUCCAGUAGCCAUUAAAAUCCUAAAUGAGGCCACCGGACCCAAGGCUAACGUGGAGUUCAUGGACGAGGCCCUGAUCAUGGCUAGCAUGGAGCACCCCCACCUGGUCCGCCUGCUGGGUGUCUGCCUGAGUCCCACCAUCCAGCUGGUCACACAACUGAUGCCUCAUGGGUGCCUGCUCGACUAUGUCCAUGAGCACAAGGACAACAUUGGAUCCCAGCUGUUGCUCAAUUGGUGUGUCCAGAUUGCCAAGGGGAUGAUGUAUCUGGAGGAGCGUAGGUUGGUCCACAGGGAUCUGGCAGCCCGAAAUGUUCUGGUCAAAUCUCCCAACCACAUCAAGAUCACUGACUUUGGCCUGGCUCGCUUGCUGGACGUUAAUGAGAAGGAAUACAAUGCUGAUGGAGGAAAGAUGCCCAUCAAGUGGAUGGCCUUGGAGUGCAUCCAUUACAGGAAGUUUACUCAUCAGAGUGACGUUUGGAGUUACGGGGUAACCAUCUGGGAGCUGAUGACCUUUGGAGGGAAGCCAUAUGACGGAAUUUCCACCAGAGAUAUCCCAGAUCUGCUAGAGAAAGGAGAGCGUCUUCCACAGCCGCCCAUCUGCACCAUCGAUGUCUACAUGGUCAUGGUCAAAUGCUGGAUGAUUGAUGCAGACAGUCGACCCAAGUUCAAGGAGCUGGCUGCAGAGUUCACUCGAAUGGCACGUGAUCCCCAGAGAUACCUAGUCAUCCAGGGUGACGAUCGCAUGAAGCUGCCCAGUCCCAAUGACAGCAAGUUCUUCCAGAGCCUCCUGGAUGAGGAGGAGCUGGAGGAUCUGAUGGACGCUGAGGAGUACCUGGUGCCCCACUCCUUCAACAUUCCACCACUGGCAUACACCCCCCGCCCACGCAUGGACUCCAACAAGAACCAGUUUGGCUACCAGGACCCCAGCUUCAGCAUGGAGGACAUGCUGGCCACCCUCCCCAGAGUGGUCUCUGUUCCACCUGUGUCUGGGAGCUGCCUCCCUCCACAGGACCUGUCCUCAGGGGGGCAAAUUGGUGGUGGAUUUGGGCGUGGCAACCAAGAAGACCCUCGCUGCAACGGCACCCUGAGGAAGCAGGCCUCGCCACGGUCAAACACCCUUGGGGUUGGCUCAGCUCUCACUGCAGGACAAGGUGGAGGGGAGGACAGUGGACAGCGUUACAGUGCCGAUCCAACAGGUCUUUUAGCAGAACGAGGACCAAAGGGAGACAAGGACCAGGAUGGCUACAUGACUGCCAUGAGAGACAAGAACAAUUCAGACUAUCUCAACCCUGUAGAGGAGAACCCCUUCGUCACACGUCGGAGGAAUGGUGAUGCCCAUGUGGUGAUUGAUGGAGCAGGUUGCCACACCCUGCACAUGGCUGGAGCUGCUGUUGCCCCCAAGAGCCAGUCCACCCACAGGGACGAUGAGUAUGUCAACGAGCCACUGUACCUGAACACCUUCCUUAACCCUGGGGACAAGAACGGAUUGGCUGGGGCAGUCUCCAUCUCUGGAUCCUCUGCUGCCCAGUCAGUAUCACAGACAGUCAACCCAUCAACAUCAAGCCACACCGUCUCAUCCACUGGAUAUGUGGUACCUCCUGGCCACCUCCCCCACCCAUCAUACCCAUCACACACCCUGCAUCCAGGGCAUUCAGGACACGCUCUGCACUCAGGCAUCACCAGCAGCACCAUCAUGUUUGAUAAGAAAGGCAAGAAGGCCACUUUUGACAAUCCUGAAUACUGGCAGCACAGUCUUCCCCCGAAGUCCUCACUGCACAACCCUGAGUACCUGCAGGACUGCAGCACACGCUUCUUCUACCGGCAGAAUGGACGCAUUCGCCCUGCUGUGGCCGAAAACCAGGAAUAUUUGUCCGAGGCCGCUAUGAAAGCCGGUAAUGUUUUGCCACCCCCUCCAUACAGACAGAGGAACACUGUGGUGUAGUGACCCGCCUGUAGCACAAUGGAGGGAUGAAUAGAGGGAUAAGGGUGCAGAUAAAUGGACUGUGAACAGUCCUUUCGUUUUCUUGCAGUACUUCUCAACCUGGGUUCUCCUUGCACCCUCCCUGAACACUUCUCUCUAUUAUAUCUGAUUGCAAGUCUUUUAUUCUCACUCUAAGGUUCUGCCUUUUCGUGACAGGACCACAAUAACAGUGGCUGACAGCCUCACUUGACACUCAAACCAUCUUUUUUAGCUCCAUCCUUGGCGCCUAAAGCAAGUAGACACAUCUCUUGGAGGUUGGUUCUGUUCUGGAGCAAACUGACCUGGCACCUUUAGGACAACACAAUCAAAGAUUGAAAUCAGAUGCUUAAUAGAAUAAAAAUGAGAAAUAAACAGAGGUUUGCCCAAAGAGAGGAUUAUUGCCAUGACCUGACAUGAAUUAUGAUUGCUUUUCUUUAUACGCCCAUAAAUUACUGUUCACCAUUUCACCAUAUUGUUUUACUUCAUUUUCCAACUAGCUAGAUGAACACUUUGCAGUAUGCACACAUUGUUAUUGUGUGCGUAUAAUCUGUCAAAUGGCACAUUCACAUGGAGUUAUGUCGUGACUUACCAGCAAACCUGCAGUCAUACUGAAGAGCCCAGAUGUGGUUUGCAUGCCUGCCCACAUGCUUCUUCGACUGUUACAUGUUUUACAUCUUGCUGCACCAAUGAUGGAAUUCAGACACUUAUCACACACAGCUCAUAUCAUACCUACAACAUGUUAACAUGCCAGCAGCCUUGACACCACCAGUAAUAUCUAUACAGUAAUUCAUAAGUAAAUACACACACGCUGACGGAUAAGAAUGCUACAACUUGAAAUAUAUUCUGGAGGAGAGGCUCAAUUGACCUUGUGCAGGAAUACAGCAGGUGUCGAUAAUGGAAGUCAGUGAUGCAGUGCAGAAAAAGGUUCAACAGGAAAGUAAAUGUCACCACAGGUUUAUGGAAUGUGUGAUAUCACCCAGUAUUUGGUGGAGAGCAUUCGACAGAUUAUUGGCAUGGCUAGAGAGGGAUUUAAAAGGUUGAUCGCUCAGAAGAUGACCCUUAUCUUCCUACGCUGAGAUCCCCCCCUGUCCUCUUUCUUCCACACCAAUCCAGUCCGAAGAGCCAGCAAACCAUCCAGUUCAAUAUCACCUUCGUAAGACCGUUGUAAGCAGCAUCGUGACUGACAUAACCAAUGGUAACUGCAAAACUAGGAUUGAUCUUUCAAUGGAAAUGGUGCCUGGGGAUGGACAACUCUUUUUAACAGGGCAAGGAGCAUGAUUGUGGAGAACAUUUAAGCAGGCCACGAGGGAAAGAUAUAAGUGUUUAGAAUAUGGAUCAGAGCUUGGUUUUUGUUGUUUUUCUUUGUUUUUAGGCAUCAGGGAUCUAUUUACUUGUCACCUUGUCUUACAGAAGAUGUGCUUAAUGAAGGACAGGGUAAACAGCACAGACACCCAGCCACAAAAGAGCACUGUGGAGAUGACAAAGAGGCUAACCCUGCAGAGCUGUAAAUAAGCCAAUUACAUGUCAUUACCAGAUAGACAUAAUCCCAGAAAAAGGCUCUGUGGACCGAGCUGUGUCUGAAAUGUUUAAGUACAUCAAAAGAUGAGGAUAAAAGAUUUUUUUCCUCACCUCUCUGUGUUAAUACUAUUGUAUGUCAUAAAAACAGAUGAUUAUCUUUGACCACGUAGUCACGACUACAGGGCCUUGCUCUGUCUCUUAGGGUUAAAGUGGUUCAGGAGGAGAGACUGUCAGAACUGUCUUAAGAGGCCUCCUCCACAUUUUUGCCAUGGAACAGUACCAGAAAAUGGGACACUUUCUUUUGUAUUGGUGUUUGACAUUAAUGGUGUGACUUUACAAGUUAUCUCUGAAUCUACCGAUGGCUAGCUUUAUGUACUCAUACAAUACUGCCAGAUGCCACAGUAAGCUCUGAUGGAGACCAGUAGCAUCUGUCAUCAAAUGACUUUGAAGCCUAAUUUAGGCCUGGGUUGAUAAUUUAAUAGCACUUAAUGCUCUGGCACAGCCAAAUGACUUUGCUGUUAUUCUCGCUCUAAGCGGCAGUUCAUUCAAUUUUUUUCAUUAUGCUGCAACUAUAAUUUACAGUGAGACAAUGGUUUCAACUGCACUGGGGCAUCAUGCUAUUUCUUUUAUUAGGCAUUUUACCAACAAAGGCAUAUCCCUCUACCCUCUAAAGAAUAUGAUAAUACUCAUAGGGUUGGGCAAUAUGAUGAUAUACAGUGUAAGAGGAUAGAAAUUUGUUUUCAAUACCAUUAUGGUCUAUGCUAUCCCUUUAAAAUCUGCAUUUUACUAGAUUAUUAAGGGAACUGUUGAUUUACUGGAUUUUUGCACCAAUGUGAAGAAAUACCUUGAUUUUUGGGGGGUAUUAAAGGGGUAAUCCAGUGAUUCAAGCUCCACAAACACUGGAUCCUACAUUCCCCAAAAUGCAGCUUGAUAGCAUCUACUGAUAAACUUCCUGAUUCCUAAAUACCGACUUCUUUCAAACUGCAAACCUCUAGUUUGUAAUGUAGGUUUUCUGUUAAAAAAUCCUAAUUCAGGAAAACCCUGAUGACACCAUUCAGGGUAUCAGGGUUAUUUUCUCAAAUUUUUGAAAGCUCCCUCCAGAGCCACAAAAGAUGUUGUACAACUGUUUUCACAAGCUGAGUUUUACUCUUUGUUACAAGUAAACUAAACAUCAUGUGAAAUCAGUGGUGUGCCCCUUUAACUAAAAUCAGACAUUCCCAUCUGGUUAUUAUAUCUAUAGUUACAAAGUUUCAACGUUAAUUUUCCAGGAAAUGUACUACAUCACCAUAUAGUGAUUUUGCAACAUGAAUCAACCAAUACUUUGAUAGAUGAUUUACUUCAUAUCGCCCACCCUAAGUAAUAGGUGAUAAUACCAUGAAAAAUUGAGACCGACUAAUGCCUGUUUAUGUCUUACUGCUGACAUACCAGUACACAACCACUGUUACACAACCUUGUGCCUCAACAUUGAAAAUACUGGGUAGAGGGAAGAUUCAGACAAGCAGUGCUGAUGAUUUAUGGUCCAAAACACAGAUGUUGCCCUGGCACAGUGUUUUCUCUCCCUCUCAGGUUUUAUGGGGAAUAAUAAUCAUCCAGUUGAGCUCCAGCUGAGGCACAAGUUACCACCUCAUAAAGGGACAUCAGACUUAUAAGAAUAAUGGUAAACAGAUUAGUGCCAUAAUACCACAAUAGAUAGGUAGGGUUUAAAUGGUCAGUCUUGACGUUGGCACUGUGUUUAGUAUCACUUUGGCAUUGACAUUUCUGUUACUCACCUCAUUUAGCUGUGCUAGAUCACACCCUCUAAGAUUGUGAUUGUUAUGCUGAUUUACUUGUGUAAGCUCACACUUAGUAUAUGGAUACAUUCUUUGUGUAAAUGUGUGCAAUGAAAGUGUUCUCUUUGUUUUUCGAGUUGAAAGUCAGUUAUAUAAGUCUAUUUUUACCAUCACCCAAAAGGUAUUAGUUGUAGUGCUUGUAGACUACUGUAUGGCCGUGUGUUUAAGUGCAAUGACAGCAGUGGAGAGUCACCAAAAGGCUCCGUAAUGGAUCUCUGUGGAAAAAUAAAGCCAAUCUACACGAGGAGAAAACCUUCUGGUGCUGUCAGCUAGCAGGCAUCACAAGGGGCUUUUAGCUUUUUGAAUGCAAAGUCAUCCACUUUCGCUUGUUGUUCUGUGGGGAAAUCAUGUUACCCAACGUCUCACCCAGUGCACCAGCUGAGAAACCCUGAACGACAGGCAAUAGGCUGUAAUCCUGCAGCGAGGUUAAAACUAACGUAUUAGCAUUCCAGAAAUGUUACUCAACCAAUGCAUCAAUGUUACAAAAGCUAGCAGGAGAGAAGGUACAAGUACACUGUAACUGGCAGAGGAGACCAGAGUUGAUUGCCAUUCUUUCUUUCUCCUCAGAGGUGACUGUAGGAUUGUAUGUAGCAAACACUGUUCUGCAGCUGAAGCACUGAAAACUGAAAAGCAGCUAUGUUUGGAGUGAAUAUGAACAAAGACCAAAACGAUAUGUAUGGGAGAAGUGAUUGUGAUCAAAUGUUAACAUGAGUCAUAUUUUCAUGUGAAAAGUUAUCAUGUUGCUUUGUAAAAGUAAGCCUCGUAGGUACAGAAGAUAUUUAAAGGAGCACAAUUACUCUCAAUACUGACUGCUCACACAGAAAAUCAGCCUUACAGUAACAGAACAGUUCUAUAUAUUUUGUGCUAUUACUUUUGUGUUUUCGGUUUACUCUAUUUUAAACAUAUGUAAUCAUAUGUGUUGUAAAUGGUGUGUAAAGUUUUGUUUUUACUCUUGUUUUUGCUCUUCAGGGUCUCAUUGUGAAUUUUUUGAUAUGCAGUUUGAAGGUUUCAUCAUCUUACGUCUGUCGUGUUCUCUAAUCAACUACAAAGCAAUUAUUAGUGGUGUCCCAAUUUCAGGGCUGGAUGUUUGCCCUUCAGAGUAACUGAAGCCCAGCCUGAACCUGCAUAUUGUUGCCAAAUGAGACUAGAGUAACAAAGACCAAAACUGAUGUGUUCAGGCGCUCCUCAUCAGGUUUUUGUCCUGUUUCUCACCAAGCAAUUGCCCUCAGACAGCAUAUGACAUUUAAAUACAUGUGGGACCUUAUCUACUUUACACCUUAUCUAACUUUACAGUACAAUUUAGAUACGAGUUCAUAGUUGGCUUUGCUUAUUUUACACCUUGCAGUGACUUUUUCAUUGGUUAGCUAAUGUGAUACGAUAAUCAGUGAUAGAUCAGCUGAAAAGAAAAUAUCUGGUAAAUGACAUGAUCACAUGACAUUUCCCAGUUUUACAAGUUGACAAGGACAGCCUGACCACUCAGGUUAAAAACACAGUGGCACACAGUGACUUGUGGGAUAUAGAAGACUGCAAAUGAUAAACCAGCCGUGUCCUCCAAAGCAAUGGCAGACUUAGUUUUUCAGGCACAUUCUGUGAGACCUUUGAAAUGGGACAGACAUAUCCUGCCCAGAAAUGAGGACUUCGGAGGGUCCAGCUCGUGAACUGGAACAGAGUGACUAUAUUUAUAGUGAGUGCUCUAUUUUCUCUUUUCAAUGCUUUGAUUAAUCAUAUCAUGAGGACGUGUUUUCACAGCAGAAGUAAAGUCCAUCCACCUGUGGUCUAAUAGGUCUUACAGUAUUGGAUAAACUCAUAUUACAUCUCAGAGGAUAUCUAUUAAUUAUUCAAUGAGAAACUGUUUUGUACAAUGCAUCAUCAAACAAAGUACACAUAAAGCAGCUGACAAACACAUAUUCUACCAUUGUAAUAGAAUCAAACUGUGUAUGGCUGUCAUAUUCUGAUUUUACUCUGAUUCAUAUGUGUAUAUUCUACAAUGCCAUGAAGGGAGAGCUGACUGGUUGAGUAAGCACAGUUUACUAUGUAUUGAAUUGAUGGUAAAACUGUAAAAUGGAAUUAAUAAUUGUCUUUUAACCAAAUGACGAAGAGAUAAUGGGUUACUCAACAGUUUUACCAUUGUUAAAAAACAAAUAAAAAAUAAAUAAAAAGGAUAGUAUUUUUAUAGGUAGGUUAAAAAAAAGUGGCCAGGUGCAUCUGUAAAUAGAAAAACUGCUUCUUUUUUCCAGCUGAAGCUUUUGUUUGUUUGUUUUCUUUUGUUUUUUUCUCCUUGCAUCAUUGCAUUUUUGGUGGUUUACUGUAUCUUUUUUUUCUUUAAGGAAUAUUUUUUCUGUAUGUAUAUAAAUAUAUAUACAGUAUAUAUAUAUAUAUAUAUAUAUAUUCUGUAAAUGUUAUUUGAAGAGUGAACUAUGACUUUAAAAACGCUUGCAGGGUCUCUUGUCACCCCCACCCCAUCAUUUCCCCUGUGAUUGUGUGAUUGUGUUUUCAGCACAACUUGGUGGAUUUUGUGUUUCAACCUCUGCUCUUGCUCACUUUGUAGGAGUGAAUUUUUUUCUGUUUUUCUACUGGGUUUAUUAUGCCCACACUACCCUCCAUGCUUCUCUCAGUAUUAUCCACAUCUUGAGAUUUUUUUUAAGAUUUUGUACACUCUUAAGAUGCUGUUGCAAAACUAAUGAAUAUUCAAUAUUUAAUCCCCCUUUUCUCUCAGUAUUUUCCUAACAAAUGUUAAUCCACCAGUGUCACUUUACACUUUACCUUUCAGCUUUGAGGACCUUUAUCGUAUUUCCUUGAGUAGUUUAAUUUUGAUUUCCACUAUCCAGCUCUUCAUCCAUUGGUGGCAAUACUGAUUGAAUGGUGUAGCAAUAUCAUGUCGCAGCGCUGAGAGUGAUUUAAUGACAUUUGAGAAAUCGACUGGAAGGGUUAGGUUUGUACGGGUUGGACUGAUCAUUUAAAUCACUGAUAUGUGCUUGUUCUGAAAAGGUUGAUAGGUACUACUUUGGCUUCAUCAGGAUUUAAAUGCUCACUGUUUUCUGGAAAUCACAGUUUUACAGGAAGCAAUUGUUUUCAUUUAAUGGGAUCUUAUCAGGACUUUUUGGGAUUUUGGCCCUUUUGUCACUUUACCUAAUACUUGACAUGGGGACUGGUACCAAAAUCAUCAGAGUGAGUUAUUUUCAUUGUGGCAUUGUAGCAAAUAUGGACGCACAAUUUGACAACUGAAAUAUACCAUUAGUUGUAUUAAAUAUUUCAUUUGUAAAGCACCCAAGCACAGCUUGAGUUGUUUAUGCAGCAAUUAAGGCAGUUUUCAAAAUUCAAGAUUUUAACUAAUAUCUAUUUAACUUUGGAUUAAUUAAAUGUUGUCAUAAUGAUAAUAUAUUGUCUAUCACCUACAGAAUACUAGGCAUAUUGUACAUUUACCAUUGUAAAGUGCUGCCUUGCAUUUGAUGAUUUUGGUGGCAAUCCUGUUGUUUUCCAAUAUCCAGCAUUUACAUACAGAGUAAAGUGGUCAUUUUGUCAAGCUCCUCAAAAGUCAUUGAAUCUGUUUAAAAGUAAGUUGAACUGUGGAAGAAAGUAUCUUCUGUCAUGAAAAUUAACAUAAAUUAUAAUUUCUUCAUAUCAUCUCAUCAGAAUGAUUGAGAACUAAGUUUUAUAGACCUUGUCACACAUUACCAGUUUUAAAUGUUUCUUUUCACUGGUUAAUUGACACAUUUCCCAAACUAGAACAUUUAAAUACGUAUUCCCUCUGUUUUGUUACAUGAAUCUGUCAAAACUAUAUUUUUAAUUCAAUAUGAAUAAAGAUCAGUCAAUAUUUAA